UGACAACAUCCUUACAUGUUGGAAUGAGACUUCUCAUUAAAAAACGUUCUAAACAAAUGGCUUUAAAAAGUCAACACAUUCAAAAUAAUGCAAGAUGUCCAAUUCAUCUUUGGAUUAAGUUACCAGCUCAAAAAGCUAAACUUCCCAUUUGGUCAUCCAAAUUAUACUCUUUUCCAAGGUUUAACUUACUACUCCAAACAUCCUUAGGCUUCUACUUGGAAAUUAAGAUCAUAAAUUGAUUGUCUAUAAGCUGAGGUGUUAAGGUGAAGAAAUAAAAUGCAGUCAGCAAUCUUUUGUUACCAUUUUUUUAAAAUAAAUUUUGUUAAAAAGAGGACAAAUCAACCUUUUAUUAAAUAAUUAGAGUUUACGUAUGCUAAUCCUACUAGGGUACAACUCAGAUGCCCCUUAAACUGAAUCUUGGGGUAGUCUCAAAUAAUAUAUCACAAUUAAGAAAGUGAAUUAUUGAACCUGAAUGAGAAUUUUUCUCUUCCUUGGGAGCCACAACAAUUUUUCCAGAAUAUAUUAAUCCCAUUUUUAACUCCUUGAAAAGGUCUAAGAAUCUCUUUAUAUAAAGGAUUCUCUUUCUGCACAAAUAAGGAAAAAAAAAAAAAGGAAUAGAAAAGAGCAGUUGACACACAAUGGGUAUCUGUAUAUCCACUGCAUCUUUAGAGAUUCAUGCUGUUGAUUUUGGCAAUGAAAAUGUGGUUCAUUAUCAAGACAACAACAACGGGUACCAACAAGUUGGUUCUGUUUUUUCUCAACAAGGAAGCAAAGGACUUAAUCAAGACUCUGCUAUUCUCUAUCAGGGGUAUGGUGUAGAAAAUGGAGCUUUCGGAGGAGUUUUCGAUGGGCAUGGAGAGAAUGGACAUAUAGUCAGCAAGUUAGUUAUGAAUAAACUGCCAUCUUUGCUUCUGAAACAGAUAGCCUCUCUGCCAAGAAUCACUUCUCUGGGCAAGAAUUUUAACAAGUGGAAAGAGGCUUUUCUGAGUUCCUUUAAGUUGAUGGACAAAGAUAUUAGAAGUAUAGAGAAAUUGGACUGUUCUUGCAGUGGAACAACUGCUGUGGUUGCUAUAAGACAGGAGGAUGAUCUGAUUAUCGCUAAUCUUGGUGAUUCUAGAGCUGUACUAGGAAGAAAGUCGGAGGAGGGAGUAAUUGAGGCUGUUCAGUUAACUACUGAUUUGAAGCCUAGCCUGCCUUCUGAAGCAGAAAGAAUAAGAAAUUGUGAUGGCAGAGUGCUAGCACUUCAAGAAGAGCCACAUAUAAAGAGAGUGUGGUUACCCCAUGUAGACGUUCCCGGAUUAGCCAUGUCUAGAGCUUUUGGAGAUUUCAUGCUCAAAAACUAUGGCAUAAUCUCUAAGCCUGAUGUCUCCUAUCACCAUAUAUCUCCCCAUGAUCAGUUUCUCGUUCUAGCAACCGAUGGGGUGUGGGAUGUGCUGAGCAACGACCAAGUUGUGUCAAUAGUAUGUGCAGCAAAUAAUGCAGCCGCAGCCUCAGAGGCAGUGGUACAGGCUUCUUUAGAUGCAUGGAAACAGAAGUUUCCUAACAGCAAGAGAGAUGAUUGCACUGCAAUCUGCCUGUUCUUGCAUCAACAAGCACCUCUGCAAAAUAGUACUUGAAGCCAAAGCUAUAUACAAGUUCAUUGUGCUUACACGUAAUCGACUAUCUGUCGUGCUGGAGUUGCGAAAGUUUGGGUGAUGCUAUUUCUAUUUAGCAGUGUAGAUAACACGUAAACAACUAUCUGUCAGAUUUUAAAUUCAAUGUAGAAAUUUUGGAGACAAAUGUAUGUAGACUACAAAGUCGUGAGAUGAAAGUAAAGCGUUUUCUUUUGCUUUUUAAAAAACAUAUACAAACAUUUUGUUUACAUAUUGCGCAGUCAUUUAUCUGAUAAGACCCUUCAGGUCGAGCAAUAAACAAGGAGAAAGAGAAACCGAAAAAUGAAAGGAGCUGCUUCACCAUAUCAUUACUUGUUAUCGACAAAAAUCAAAAACCUUAGGCACCAGGCAAUACUUCAAAAUUAUGGCCAAGAUUUUUGAAGUUUUAAUCAAAAGAAUAUACAGACAAAAAUCAAACCUUAAUGUAGCAAUCAAUACGACUUGCUUCUCUCCACUCUUCUAAAAAAAUUGCUAUACUUUAAUCUGAUUUGGAACAAUUUCAGGCCACUGCAAAGAUACGUAUUUACUCUUUUGAAUUAGAUGGAAAAAAACGACAGGGAAGAGAAUGGAUGCAAAAGUUCACAAGUGAAUUCAGCUUGAAAUCCCGUCAUAUCAGGCUUUUAAAAAAUCAAGUUGAUUCAUUUAUCAGAUUCCCUAGUCUAAGCUGAUCGCCAUUUGCAACUCACAUCAACUCUAUACAUCUUUCAGAUCACCUUAUCGCAGCAUAUUAUAUGAGCUAUUCUCAAAACAAGCUUCUUCAUUUUGGAGCAGUUCUUGCUUGAGCUUAUCCUACUUCAAUUGCUUCUGAUUUUUUU